UAGUUGACACCAGUAUAUAGCUCGUUGGGACAUCGAGACUGCCUGACUGCCUAAGCACUUGAAGACUUGAACACCACGACUCCUGAAGAUUGUCGUCUUCUCUGUGAGGAUUAAGCUUUUCUAGUGGUCAAAAUGAAGUUGGAAAUCGUAUCUGUCAUCGCUUUCAUCUGCUGUUCACUGUUUGUCAAGUCGUCAACCAGUGCAUUUACAUGCGAUCAGCUGGACAGGUGGAAGCUUCCCUACUACAGGUGUCGUUCUGGGGACCAAUGCAUCCUAACCCGUUAUGAGUGUGACUCCGUUUUGGAUUGUACAGAUUUUUCAGACGAGGAUCACUGUCAGACAGAGCAUGAAGUAAACUGUCGUGAGGAUUUUAAGGACAAGAAGACAAGGAAUGGGGAACCUCUGCAGAGUUUUCCUUGUCAGGAUAAAAUGUGUAUCCUGGGCUGUCAACGAUGCGACGGAUUCAGGGAUUGUGCAGACAACUCAGACGAAAUAGGCUGCACGGAGACAGAAGUCAGCCUUAGACCACCUUGCAACUAGAGACUUGCAUGCAGGGAAAUAGCGGUUAUACAGACCGUGAAUAUAUUAAAUGUUAUACAUGCCUUCAUAUACAUGAUUUUCAAGGUUGCAGAUGCCUAAUUGCUGCAAACAGGGGUCGAUCAUAUUGAUAGGAGGAAAUGAGAAAAGCAACCGUUUUCAUAAUAUUUGCCAGCUAUGGACGGCCAAAGCUUGCAAUAAUUUAACCUUUUUUUGGUGUCCGAUUUUACCUCAAAAUAUACAUUUGCUGCAUAUUUUCAGAGAGUAUUUAGUGCCAGUUUGUUUUUACUCUUAUGGUCGCUUCAAAAAGCUACUUGCAGGAAUGUGUUUAUAAGCUCUCAUUGAAUAUUCUUUUGCUGUUGUACUGACGGUCAGCCACAGAUGCACCAGUCAAUGGUAAGCAAAAAUGCGACUUGACGUGGAAAGAACAGACCCUAUAAGAACUUGUAGACUUCAUGUUAAGUUUCAGGCUUUUUCGAAAUCAAAUUGGAAUUAGGUAGUUUAUGAAUAAAUUUUGUUAUUUCCGCACAAACUGACAAAAUACAAUACUUGUAUACAAAUACAAUCGCUACUUAGUUCUUAACUUUCAUGUAAUUAUUUAUUUAUGGAAUUAAUUUUAUUUCAUUUUUAAUUUUGUGUUGUAAUCGCUCGAGGUGAGUAACCAUUGCUUGUUUCUUCAGACCUCUUUCUUUAUCGUCAAUAUUCAUUAAUCCAACUAUAAUUAUUGAUCGAAUAUUCCUAAGAUCAAAUUGUUUAAAUGUAGCACAGUUUCAUAGAAACAUCGAUAUACAAAUGUAUAUGACAUGUAUGAUCCAAAUAAUUACCGAUGUCAUGUUUCAUUAGUCUGGUUCCAAGACCUGUUGAUUCCCAGAUGUCUCUAAUCAACUAAUAGGACGUCAGAAGCUCUAAAAGUGAAGACAUUGCUGAAACCCCUGUUUCACCUAGGUGCGUAUAUGAAAUUAACACGCUUAAAUGGGGUUUAAAUCCUAUCCAUUGUGAUAUUCGUAGAAAUUGACAAUGCAUACAACAGAAUGAAACUGACAACGUUCAACUUGACAGAAUCAACACGGCAACAUAACAAGCAUCUUUGACCUGAACUCUGUUUUAAAGAAACGUCAGGGUUUUUGACGAAUUGAAUAUGCAGUGGAUCAUUGCUAAUUGCAUUGUCCUUUUGUUCCAAUACUUGUGCAACAUAAACGGAUCUGGUUCGCUAUUGUAACUGCCAUGCUGUUUGUUGGAUUUUAGGCAACAUUGUAGGCUGAAGGGCAGACUUGGCCAACGGUAUAAGAUUUUUUUUCUUUUGGAAUGUUUAAGGCUUGCUUUUUGUACCAGCUUUCAUUUGGGUGUUGUUUCUAUGUUUCUUCUGAUUUGGACAUUCCAAUGAAUCAGACUGCCUGACCGUGAGCAUGUUAAAAUACUCAUUAAUAUUAAUAUACUGUAUGUGGAAUACUCAAUCCCCUGCUCUGUGUUUGUCAAAAUAUUCAUCGAUAGAUAUAUCUGUGGAGUACUCAAUCCCCUGCUCUGUGUCUGUCAAAAUAUUCAUCGAUAGAUAUAUCUGUGGAGUACUCAAUCCCCUGCUCUGUGUCUGUCAAAAUAUUCAUCGAUAUUGUAUGUGGAAUACUCAAUCCCCUUGCCCUGUGUCAGCGAACCUGUCACCUUUCUCUCUCUUUUCCUUGUAUGAAAUUGUACCUGGUCAAAAUAGGAUGAGUCAAGCAGGGCAAGAGGCCAUUAACGUUUGUACAUUGUAUUUUUCUGCAUACAAAUGUUUGGCUUAGCACAAGAUUAUUUCUAUAAGUUUAACAUUUCUUUAUGUAUUCAAUUCCUGGUGCAUGUUACAUUUGUAUGUAAUGGAAGUGUGGAAAUAAAGGUGACAAUGAACUGAA